AUGAAAUCCAGGUUUCCCUUGACCUGCACGGGCGAUGGAGACGAAGAAAGGCAACAACAAACAGUAUACAGCAAUUCUGACCAAACAAUUCGCAGAUUGGCAAGCCGUUUCUCAGAGAGUACCGUGACCAUGGGGGUAGACGAGACAUACAGUAACAUUUUCUAUCCCUCCUGUGACUCGAAACUUGACCCUCGGUGCUCCAACUUCGACACACGCGCUUGGAUAGAAGCUCUCGUCGAAUAUGAGAAUGGCAAUCUGGAAUCAGGACGACGCCGGAGGUCCGGAGUAUCUUUUCGCAACCUCAACGUGUAUGGCUUCGGUAACUACACAGACUAUCAGAAGAGCGUGGGAAACAGCAUCCUAUCGCUGAUAACACCAAGACGUAAACACCGGAUUGAUAUUAUUCAUGACUUGGAUGGGCUAGUCAACACCGGCGAGAUGCUUUUGGUCCUUGGACCUCCGGGCUCCGGCUGUUCAACGUUACUGAAAACAAUUUCUGGCCAUAUGAAAGGGUUAUUUUUGGGCGACAAGGUCAGGAUGAAUUAUCGAGGCGUUUCCAACAAAGAAAUGCAUAGCUACUUCCGCGGUGAGGCUAUCUAUGUCGGUGAGAAUGAUGUGCAUUUUCCAAUGUUGUCAGUGGGAGACACGCUUUCCUUUGCAGCUCAUGCCAGAGCACCGCGAGAAUUGCCACCCGGGCUGAAGGUACAAGAAUAUUCCACGCUUCUGCGGGAUGUGAUCAUGGCCAUAUUCGGUAUCUCGCAUACAGCGAACACUGUCGUUGGGAAUGACUUCAUCCGGGGAGUAAGCGGAGGAGAACGAAAACGCGUGAGCAUUGCCGAAGCAGCACUCAGUGAUGCUGCGUUACAAUGCUGGGACAACAGCACCCGUGGUUUGGACAGUGCUAAUGCUGUCGAAUUCUGCCGAACACUUCGUACGGCCACGGAACUUCUACAGUCAUCUGUCCUGGUCUCUCUAUACCAAGCGCCCCAGGAGGCAUAUGAUCUUUUCAACAAUGUCAUGCUCCUAUAUGAAGGACGGCAGAUAUAUUUCGGACCGACAUCUGAAGCACGCGCGUAUUUUGAAGAGUUGGGUUUUGAGUGUAAGGAUUUUCUCACCUCAAUGACCAGUCCCAAGGAACGCCGUGUGCGACCAGGGUUCGCAUACAAAGUACCUGUCACAGCAACGGACUUUGAGAGAAUAUGGAAGGAAAGUCAGCAGCGCCAGCAGCUGAUGAGUCGUAUUGAGUUCGUGGCCUCCCGUAAGGCCCAACAGGCGAGCAGCCAGAGAAUUAAAUCUCCAUAUACAUUGUCGUAUAUGCAACAGACAACAUUAUGCCUUUGGCGUGGCUGGAAGCGUCUGCUUGCCGAUCCCUCCUUGACGUAUAUCCAGCUUGGGGGCAAUACCGUCAUGACUCUGGUCUUGGGAAGCGUCUUCUUCAAUAUGAAAGACGACAAGAAUAGCUUUUAUGGCAGAGGAGGAUUGAUCUUCUUUGCACUGCUUCUGAGUGCAUUUGCUAGCGUCUUAGAGAUUUUGACGCUGUACGAACAACGGCCUGUGGUGGAGAAACACAAGCAAUUUGCUCUCUACCACCCAUCUGCAGAGGCUGUGGCCAGCAUGCUCACUGACAUUCCAUAUAAAGUGCUCAACACGUUGGUCUUCAAUCUAACAUUAUAUCUUAUGGCUAACCUGCGACGAGAGGCCGGGGCUGUGUUCUUUUUCCUCUUCGUUGCUUUUCUCAGCACGAUGGUGACAUCCGGCCUAUUUCGGACGAUUGCAUCGGUCUCGCGUACCAUGUCGCAGGCAAUGGUGCCCGCUGCUUUACUAGUUUUAGGUCUGAUCAUGUACACUGGCUUCACAAUGCCAACCAUGUAUAUGCCCGGAUGGUCACGGUGGAUGGCUUAUGUAAAUCCGCUCAGUUACGCCUUCGAAUCUUUGAUGAUUAAUGAAUUCCACAACCGUGAAUUCUCCUGCUCAAUCGUUGUCCCCUCAGGGCCAGACUACCAUUCUGCCGGUGUCAACAACCAAGCUUGUGCAGAGGUUGGAAACAUGAUCGGCUCAACUACAAUUCAGGGAGACAUAUAUAUCAACGACAAAUUCGAUUACAACCAAUCCAACAAGUGGAGGAACGUGGGGGUUUUGAUUGCAUUUUGGUUCAUCUUCACAACCGCAUACCUGGUGGCGACUGAGGUGCUCAGUAUGGCUAAGAGUAGGGGUGAAGUACUCAUCUUUCGCCGUAGCCAUCUUGUCAAGAAGAAGUCUACGUGGCGCAUGGCGAGUGAUGACGAAGAAGCGCCCCGGCCACCCGGGAUCAAGAUGGUGCAGUUAGACGGCAUCCAAAGCACGGACACUCUGCCUGCUAAAAGCCACAUUUUCCACUGGCAAGGCGUAUGCUACGAUAUCAAGAAUAAAAAAGAGGAUCGGCGGAUCCUGGACCAUGUCGACGGAUGGGUUCAACCUGGAACUUUGACUGCCUUGAUGGGUGUUUCUGGUGUCGGAAAAACGACCCUACUUAACGUCCUUGCCAAACGGGUUACUACUGGGGUCGUUACGGGCGACAUGCUCGUCAACGGUGCGCAAAGUGAUACUUCCUUCCAGCGCAAAACAGGCUAUGUGCAACAGCAAGAUGUACAUCUCUCAACAUGCUGUGUGCGAGAGUCACUUGAAUUUAGUGCACUCCUCCGGCAGCCUUCUGACGUGCCACGGGAGGAGAAGCUCGCCCAUGGGGGGGAAGUGAUCAGGCUCCUUGAGAUGGAAGAGUAUGCGGAUGCCAUUGUUGGUAUCCCCGGUGAAGGGCUGAACAUCGAACAGCGCAGACGUCUUACCAUUGGUAUUGAAUUGGCUGCAAAGCCUGAAUUGCUUCUUUUCUUGGAUGAACCGACCUCUGGACUGGACUCACAGACAUCGUGGACUAUUUGCCAGCUCCUGAAACGACUUGCACAUAGUGGCCAGGCCAUUCUCUGCACCAUUCACCAGCCGUCAGCUAUCUUGUUCCAGCAGUUUGACAAUCUGCUGCUUCUAGCAAAAGGCGGCAAAACUGUGUACUUUGGAGAAAUUGGGCAGAAUUUGGCUACCCUCAUCCGAUACUUGGAGACCAACGGAGGAACACAGUGUCCUCCAGGCGCCAAUCCAGCUGAAUGGAUGUUGGAAGUGAUUGGGGCCGCACCGGGAUCAGAUACCACUGUCGAUUGGCCGAAGGUCUGGCGAGACUCGCCUAAGCACCAAUCAGUUCGAGCGAAAUUGCAAAAGCUCCGAGAAUCUAGGACUACCAUGAGCGUAACACCUCAUAUGCAGACGUUGAGACAGCCAAGCAAUAGGGCUUAUGCUUCGUCUUUUCUGCAGCAGUGGUGGCUCGUUCAGAAACGUAUCGCAGGCCAGUACUGGCGAAGUCCGUCGUAUAUAUAUUCCAAAGUCUGCCUCACCGUGGGAUCGAGUUUAUUCAUCGGCUUCAGCUUUUACAACGCGCCGAACACCAUCCAGGGGCUCCAGAACCAGAUGUACGCAGUGAUGAUGUUAUUGAGCAUGUUCGGGCAACUCAGCGAGCAGAUUAUGCCUCAGUUCAUCGAUCAGCGAGAUGUUUAUGAGGCGCGUGAGAGGCCCUCCAAAAUGUAUGACUGGAAAGUCUUGAUGCUGAGCAACUUCGCGAUCGAGAUUUUCUGGAACACGUUGAUGGCAGUGGUGGCCUACUUUUGCUGGUACUAUCCUAUCGGACUGUAUCAGAACGCUACCUCCACCCACGAAGUCGCCCUGCGCGGCUGCCUAAUGUUCCUGUUCAUCUGGGCCUUCAUGAUGUUCACUAGUACCUUUACGCAUACCCUUAUCGCUGGAAUGGAUAGUGCCGAUUCUGCUAGCAGUGUUGGGAAUAUAUGCUACAUGCUCUGCAUGACGUUCUGUGGGUAA